GAUGACGGAUGCCGCCACAUUGUUUGGAAUCAACCAGUACAAGACAAAGUCAUGCAGGGAAAUGUUAUCAGAAGUAUGGAGGUGCCUCAUGAGGGCAGCUGUAAAGUAAUUUGUUAUAUGGAGCCCAAUUGUGUGUCCAUAAAUGUUCGACCUGUUACUCAAGGAGGAAACUUCAUUUGCGAGUUAAACAAUGCUACGGGAGGAAAUAAAAGCUCGUCUGCCCUACAAAGUAAAGAGGGUCAUAUCUACGUUUCCAUUGAGGUACUUCAGACUGAUUUCAUAUGGCCAAAAAUAUUCUUUUAGGCUAUCCUUUUAGCAGUGACGUAACGAGAGCGUAGACAAGAAGUUAAGAAAGCUUAUAUGGUCAUUUCUUCGGAAUAGUCUAUCACUGAUCUUUCAGGCGAUUCAACUGUCUAUCUAUUAAACGAUCAGUUAGUUGCAUAUUAGAGGAUCGAUUACUUGCAAGUAAAAUGGUCUAAAUGUAACACACUUUUAUUGUAGCUUUAAGAUAAAGCAAUAGACGAAUAUGUGAACUACUCAAAAUUAUUUUUAAGACGCAAUCCCUAUUGUCUCUAACAGAAUCCCUGUGGUAACAGUCCCUGUUACAACAAUGGCACUUGUCAAGCUGGAUACACAGAUAAAGGAUUUCGUUGCAAAUGUCCUUCAGGGAUCACUGGCGCAUACUGCAAUAAAGGUAAGCACUGA